UACAGCCACCUUGUCGCAGUGGGGUUAUCCAUUCCUAAACCAGAAGUGAUCCUCCAGUUGGAGCAAGGAGAGGAGCCAUGGAUAUUAGAGUCCCCAGGCCAGAGUGACCCAGAUUGAACAGAGAUUCCAGGGAUCAGUAUCAUUUAAGGAUGUGACCGUGGGCUUCACCCAGGAGGAGUGGCAGUGCUUGGACUCCAGUCAGAGGUCCCUGUACAGGGACGUGAUGCUGGAGAACUACAGCCACCUUGUCUCAGUGGGGUCCUGUGCUACGAAACCAGAGGUGAUCUUCAGGCUGGAGCAAGGAGAGGAGCCAUGGAUAUCGGAGGAAGAAUUCCCAAGCGAGAGCCUCCCAGAAGUCUGGGAAACUGAUCACAAGAAAGGAAGGAGGCAAGAAAACCAGCGUAAACCUACGUGGGAAGUUGCAUUCAUCAGUAAGAAAACGCCGACCAAGGAACGAGGUAAUGUAAUAGGAAAACCAUUUUACCUGGACACAAAUUCGUUUCCUUGCAGAGAAAGCCUCUGUCAGUGUGACUCAUAUGGAGUGAGUUUCAGCUGUAUUUCUGAAUUGUGUAUCAAUAAGAAAAGACAUUUGGGAAAAAAGACUGGCGAAUUCAGUGCGUAUGGAAAAUUGCUACUCAGUAUUAAACACGAGAAAACUCCUACUAGCGAGAAAAGUGAAUUUUUUAAACAUGGAGAAACUUUCAGUCAGGUUGAGGACUCUGUUGAUAGUGAGAAGAUUCAAAGUGUAGAGCAAAAUUUUGAAUAUUACAUGUAUCAAGAAACCUUCCCCGAAAAGGCAACAUUGAGUACGUACAAGAGAGAGAUCACUGAAGAGAAUCACUCUGAAUGUAUUGAAUAUGGGAGAACCUUCUUUCCUAACUCCUCUUUCCUGUCACAUCACAUGAAUGCCUCCGAAGAGAAUCACUGUGGACUGCGUGGUUGUGGGAAAUCGUUAUGUGUGACGUCUACCCUUUUGAAACCUCAUGGGGCACGUAUGAAACCCUCGGAGUGUAGUGAGAGUGGGGAUCAUUUCCGGGGGGAUUUAUGCCUUCCACAACUUCAGAAAACUCAUAAAGGAGAGAAACACUUUGAAUGCAACGAAUGUGGGAAAGCGUUUUGGCAUAAGUCCCACCUCACUCGACAUCAAAGGAUACACACGGGAGAGAAACGCUUUCAGUGUGAUGAAUGUGGAAAAACUUUCUGGGAGAAGUCAGACCUCACGAAACAUCAGAGAUCACACACGGGGGAGAAGCCCUACGUGUGCGACGAAUGUGGUAAAGCCUUCAGCCACAAGUCAGCCCUCACGAUACACCAGAGAAUACAUACAGGGGAGAAACCCUAUCAGUGUAGCGCAUGUGGGAAAACUUUUUACCAGAAGACAGACCUCACCAAACACCAAAGAACACACAUAGGGCUGAAACCCUAUGAAUGCUAUGAAUGUGGGAAAUCCUUUUGGAUCAAUUCACACCUUAUCCUGCAUCAGAGAACUCAUACAGGGGAGAAACCAUUUGAAUGUCCUGACUGUGGGAAAUCUUUCUGUCGGAAGGCAUAUCUUACACAACAUCAGAAAACCCACGUAAAGGAUAAGCCCUACAAAUGUAAUGCAUGCGGGAAAAGUUUCUACCACAAGUCAGUACUCACCAGGCAUCAGAAAAUUCAUACAGGGUUGAAACCUUAUGAAUGUUGCAAAUGUGGGAAAACGUGUUUGAAGUCUGACCACAUGGUCCAUCAGAGAAACACAGGGGAGAAACCCUUUGUGUGUCUUGAAUGCGGGAAAUCCUUCAGCCGUAAAUCUACCCUCUCUCAACAUCACAGGACACAUACAGGGGAGAAACCGUUCGAGUGUCAUGAAUGUGGAAAAAUCUUCUAUAAUAAAUCGUCCCUAAGUAAACAUAGUAGGAUACACACAGGGGAGAAACCCUACGGAUGUAAUGAAUGUGGCAAAACUUUCUGCCAGAAGUCUCAGCUCACUUAUCACCAGAGAAUCCACAUAGGUGACAAACCUUACGAGUGUAACCAAUGUGGAAAGGCUUUCUGUUAUAAGUCAGCUCUAAUUGUGCACCAGAGAACUCAUACAAAAGAAAAGCCCUAUAAAUGUAAUGAAUGUGGGAAGUCUUUCUGUGUCAAGUCAGGACUUACUUUACAUCAGAGAAAACACACAGGGGAGAAACCCUACGAAUGUAACGAAUGUGGAAAAUCUUUUGUCCAGAAGUCUAGGCUCACUCAGCACCAGAGAAUGCACAUAGGAGAGCAACCCUAUGAAUGUAAUGAAUGUCGAAGGGCUUUCUGUGAUAAAUCAGCUCUAAGUGUGCACCAGAGAACUCAUACAGAAGAAAAACCCUAUAAAUGUAAUGAAUGUGGGAAAUCUUUUUAUUUGAAGUCAGGACUUCUUAUACAUCAGAGAAAACACACAGGGGAAAAACCCUACAAGUGUAACCAAUGUGGGAAAUCCUUCAUUCAUAGAUCUUCUCUCACAGUGCAUUAUAGGGCUCACACAGGGGAGAAAUCUUGUCAGUGUAAUGAAUGUGGGAAAAUUUUUUACCGUAAAUCAAACCUUGUUAACCAUCAGAGGUCACACACAGGCGAGAAGCCCUAUGAAUGUAACACAUGUGGAAAACCCUUCUCUCAGAAGUCAAACCUCAUUGUACAUCAGAGAACACACACGCAAGAAAAACCUUAGGAUUGCAGUGGGUCUUAGGAAUGUUGAGGUGUGGUUCAGCAGUCGCUCCGCUUCAGAGAACUCAUGUUGUAGAGGAAGCAAUGUCGAUGUCCUGAAUGUUGAAUAACUUUCGUCCACAAACUGGCCUUAUUUUACCCCGAAGUAGACUGCAACACAAAAAGGACAGUCUUGUUAAGGAACAUUCCUUUGAAUGUCCCUAGCAAAUGUGGGCAUAGAACCUUGAAGAUGUUUUGAUUUUAUAAGAUUUGUUUUUAGCUAAAAUACAAAGUAGGUUAUGUUAAUUUCUAUUAAGGAGAAAUCUUUCAAUUUGAGACAAAGAGCUUGAAGAUUGUCUUUAGAGGUUAUAUAAUAUUGGAAGUUGUGUUUUGGUUUUGAUGCCUUAUUACUUUAGGCAACAUAAGAAGUUGUAAUUUUUAGAGGAAUAUUGUGCAGUGUACAACAAAAAAAUGUAAAAUGAAACAAUAAACUGAAAACAAGUAA